AGAACCCUGAAUGCUGAGAUACAGGGAUGGCUGAUCUCAUGCAAAUGAGGUUUAGACCAUGUUGAGCCCUACUUUUAUUCUGUGGGAUGUUGGAUAUCCCUUAUACACCUAUGGAUCCAUCUUCAUCAUUAUUCUACUUAUCUGGCAAGUGAAAAGAAGCCACCAUGAAUUGCGUUUGGAAACUAAAAGGAGCUGCUGCCGGCUAGGAGACUUUCUCAGGAAGAAGCUGAGAAGCCACAGGAGCUGCUCUCUGUCAUGAAAAGCCAGGGCUGGCUUCCUCCGGAGGGAAGUGUGUGGUGAAUCCUGUGUGCAGAUCCCUGUUGCCAAAUUUGCAAAGCUGUGGCUCAGGAGAUUCAGCAAUUGCUGAUGGGUGAGAAGAACCGGAAGUCCCCAACUUUAUCGAGGAGCCCAUCACAGGUCUCCUCUUGCCUAGAGAUUUUGUCUGUGUCUAAUAUAUCCUUUGAGAAGAGUCUAGAGCUCCAUUCCAGACAUACCAGAGAACUUUCACAGGCAUCUGUAACCCCGACACUGUCACAAUUAACAGAUCAGAAAUCUUUAACCCAGUCAGCUGCUGAGUCAACAUAUGCAGAUGGCAGCCAAGAUUAUUGUGCUGAUCACCUCCAGCUAGGGCAGGAAUUUCAAAUGCCAGAUGUGCUACAGGGCCCAAACACAAUGGCUUCUUCAAUGGAGGAGCCAAGGGCUCCACUGAACCAGGAGGAGAUGAUGCACGACAACCCCAGCCAUGUCCAGGGGAACCAAGGCCAGCAUCACUUGAAUUCCCAGGUUUCCUUGAUGUCCCUGAACCCAGAAACCCUGAAUACGAUGCAUCCAAUGGCCAUGCAAAUGAUCCUCUCAGCCCACCUGCCAUUCCUCAGUCCUGAAGUCCAGAGGCUUCUUGAGGUAUAUGUUAAAAAAUGGAUGCAUUUCCAGAGGUGGGGUCUCCCCAGAUGUGUGGAGGAGUCCCUGAGGCAGCUUAUGCCAAACCCACCAUUAUAUUACCACCUUGGAAAUGACCAGCCACUUUCUUUCAACCUGAAUAACACUUCUCAGGUCUCUCUUCAUAGAUUUGAGAUCAUUUUCCACCAGACCUGGUGUUCAUGUGUGGCUGGCCAGCCCAUCCAGACCUUCUGGGUUUCUGAAUGGUCCAUUAUGAACCCAGAACAAAUACACUACUGUCUGCAAAGCCCAAACCCUGUGGCUCUAGCCUUGCCCUCUCCAGCCCUUAAAGCCCUAAGUGGCCCCCAUGCACAGUCUGGAAGACAAGAAAAUGACUCGGGGAGUGAUCUGCAUCAGAAAUGCAGCCAGUUAUUCUGUGGGAUCCCUUCUCUGCACAGUGGGUCCAUGGUUACCACUUUCAUGGGCUCUCAAGGCCUCUCCAAGAAUAAAAAUGUCCCCAAGACCCCCUUGAAGGAUCCUUUUCUCUUCAACAAGCUCUCCUUCCCCCAACUACUGCCUAAAACUCCACCCUAGUCAGCCCCACUCUCUUCUCCACUUUUCCCAAAUUGGGUUUCUCCAUCUGACCAUCAACGAGCUCUCAAUGUCCCAUUUCUGACUCUGGCUGAGCAUGAAGCCUUGGAGUGGCACCUGCUACAGAGGCAGCUCCAGCUUCAGUGGGGCUUGCCAGCUGUCCUCCAGAGGUCUCAGCACACCCAGUACCCGAUGCAGCAUGAGCCCUGUGGCAAAGCUCAGUCUCCUGAGACCAUGACAACUUCCCAGCCAGGGGAUUCCAUCUCAGUCCUCACCAGGGAACUACUCUUCCUGGGGCAUGCCCGGAACCUGCUGGAAUUCCACAUCCAGAAACAGUUGAUUCACCAUCGCUGGGGCCUGCCUCAGAAGAUCCGGCAGUCCAUCCAGUUGCUCCUUACAUCCACUGACCAGCAUUUGUCCUGCAGCAGCACAGCCCUAGCCAAUGUGAGCAUCUCCCAACCUGCAGCACUAGAGGCCAACGGGGCUUGUGAUGUGCCAACACCCAUUGUGGCUCCAGUGUCCAUCCCCAUGCCACACUUGUUAACCCAGGUCAAGGCAAUACUGCAGAACCACAUUGACUCCAAAUGUGGACAGAUCCACCAGGGCAAGAUCCCUGCCUGUGUACAUAGGUCCUGGGACUGCAGAAUUUCUGGGGGCCUGGCAGUGGCUCCUUUUCCCUGCAUUCCAGAAAGCCAGCUCCUGGAACUGCAGACAAGUGACCCUGACCUACAUGACAAAGUUAUGCCCUGGAUGCCAACGGCCCUUGAUCAGCAGCAACAGGCCUUACCAUGUACUGCCACUGAACACCCUAAGCUACUCCGAGUCUUGUCCGUGGAAGCCAUUGAGAAACUGGAGACAACUUUACGGCACAAGUAUCUGGCCUUCCUGUCAGGGCUGCCUGCUCUGUAUUAUGUGGCACUCUCCAGUGCCCUGACCCAGCCAGUCACUAGCCAAUCUGUCAUCACAGAGAUGGUGCCUGGGCCUAUGGAGGUCCCAGCAGAGCUUCCGUCUCAGAUGAUUUCAUUUGAAGAUCAUUGUAUAAGUCUUGGGUCAUGCCCUCAAGACAACAACAAGACUUAUAUAGAUGUUGCAGAAGAGUUCCAGCCUGCAGUGCCAGUAAAAGAAACAAUGGAGACACUGCCUCUAGAAAGCUGGACACAUCCUGCUAGCCCCCACUCACUCCAGACACAUAUCUUGACCAAACUAAACUUCCACCUGAGAAAAAAGGUCCUAGAGAUACAAUUGGGAAUUCCCAUAAGAGCAAGGAAGUCCAGGGAACAAAGUGCUAUUGUUCCUGAGAACAUAUUCACACAGGAGUCUCUUGAAAGUCUAAACCACCAAGGGGAGACAUUGCUCCAGGAACUUCCCAUCCCACAGGACACUCCUGCCCCCAAUCCAGAACGGGUCCACCUUAAAGAACAGCUGGCCAUUGAGUGGAAGGCAGUGCAGCAGAACCAAAAGCAAUCUAAUUCCAAAACAGUAGCCCAAGGUUCUGCCCACUGGGUCUCCAAGAUCUCACAACCCAGUGGGGACAUGACAGGGGCCCACAUGCUUUGUGCUCAGGUGGAGGCCAAUGUGAACAACCCCAGUCUGGAGGAACCCUGGGGCCCUGAGCCUCAAAGCCCUAGCAAGAGCAAUGGCCCAGCCUAUAUCUCCAUAUUAGCAGGAAAGAGAGAGGACCCAGAAGAAACCAAAGCCAGGGACCAUGGAGAAGGGGAUGCAGGGUUUGGGCUCUCCUCAAGCAGAGAAGAAAGAUGCCCUGCUGAAGACCAGAGUCCAAACAAGACACCCUGAGGCUCCUGGUGAUGGAGCCAUAGCUUUCGUCUUGCAGAUCCCUGUCAACACAGCCCCCAGCAUCACCCUCAGCUUAAGCUCCCAGAGAUACCUACAGGAGUCCCUAGGGGGAAAGAAUCUGAGAAUGACCUGCAACACAGUCAAACAGAGCUAAAUGUCAUCCUUGAACCAGCGCAGAUUCCUAAGAAUGCCCAGACUGUGGUGCCCCAGGCUUCACAGGGUCAGCCUUUCCUGAGCCAAGCAACACAGGGUAAGCCUUUGCAGAGCCAAACUUUUCAAGGCCAGGUUUUGCAUGGGCAGGUGAUGCCAACCCAUACUCACAAGAGGCCCAGCCUUUCAGAGUCUAGCUUGAGAAAUAAAAUUAAAUCUUUUCUGCAGCAUAUUAACCCCAAGAUGAAAGGCAAAGGGCAUGAAGACUCCAUGUACUCAGCUGCUGCAAAGGUGGCCAAAACCACAAAAGAAAAUGUUGCAAAGAACCUGGCUCCAGCCAAGAACCCUCUGGGGAGAAGUAAGACAGAGAAGCCACCAAGGUACUCCAAGGUCCAAUCUCAUCCUGCUGAGAAGCUGGUGGGCCCAGCCUUCUUGGAUUGUCCCCAGUCCCCAGACAAUAAGCUCCAGCUAUGCUCCAGACAACCUGGCCCUGCUUCAGCUCUGGGCCAUCCCUGCCACUGCCCUUGGCACUGUCCUCAAGGAGCUUGUGCCACCCAACCAGGGCACCCAAUCUAGCUCCUGACCAUCAGUUCAGAUAGAAACACUGGUCUGCUGGAGAACAUGCAGAGCCAUGAAAAAGAGUUUGCAAGCUCCCCAACUGCUGCAUUCCUCCAAAGGACCAGUAUUGUCAUUUCCAUGAAUAAAUGUGCAGGUGGGGCAGGGUGCCAGCAGAAAUAGACUCUAUAUUUCUCAGCAA